CUCACAGCUGUGAGGUUGAAGAGAAGUCUAUUUCGUGAAUGCUUCCUCAAUGAGUCAACUGGAAAGAUUAGAAAGAUUGGAACAGUCAAUUACAUUAGCAUUGUACGAAAUUGAUGCGAAUUUCGCGAAAUGUAACAGAACAGUGUCGACUCGAAUUCUUCCAAUUAUAGAGAAAUAUACUAAGAACUGUAAUAAUAUAUGGGAGUCAUCAAAGUUUUGGAAGCAAUUCUUCGAAACAAGCGCUAGUGUCUCGCUCUCUGGAGUCGAAGAACCAGUCCAAGGGUCUGAAAAACCGAAAGAAGGUUUUGUAUCCUCAGAAUCGAAAUAUACAGACAGCGGUGAUCCAAAAAUCGAGGAAGAUGAGGAGGAUACUGAAACGUUUUAUCAAAACAUUCCUUCGUCUUUCGGGCACGAAGCUUUUGAGCCUCAAGAAGUAAAGGAUGAACAAGUUACUCAGUCUACUCCCAAGAAAGACACAUCCUUUGAAAAUCUUUCUUUAGAAAAUGCGUCUUUAACACCGAUACCCGCGCGUUUGCAAACCCCAGCUCGAAAGAUCGACGAAGCUAAUCUGCAACAUACUGGACGUAGUGCUUUGUUGCACAGAGUACUGGACACGAACUGGCACGUCCAGGUAACUCCUCACGAGAAGAAGAAGUAUGAAGACAUGGACAUUGAUUCUUCUCCUCUCAUGUCUCCUUCUCCAAUUGCCAUGAAGAUGGAGACCAUCUCAGCACCCGGAGAUAGAACAUCAAAAUCCGCUUUGUCUAUGUUUUCGGAAUUCGAGCACGAAAGCAACGAUAGCCUUAUGCCAAAUGGAAUGUCGCCCCCCAAAACUAUUCAGUUCAGUCCUCAUUCUUUAGGCGACUCCUUCAAUCGUACUGAUGGUGAGCGAAGUCUUUCUUUGCAAAGGAAAUUCGAUGCUUUAAAUGAUUCCAAUGAAAAUAUGAUAAAAGAGGAGAGUUGGGAACUUUAGAAAAUUUCCCGUUUCCUUUGUACCUUUUUAUUUUCUUGUUCACUACUCUGUACUCUAUUUGAUGAAUAUUCUGAUUAUUCUUAUUUUUUUAUCGACUUUUGUUUGUUUUUCCUCUAUUUGUUUACUUGUUUGUUUAUAACUUAGCAUAUCGCAAAGACGCUUCAUUAUAUAAGAUUGUGGUUCCUGCUACCAAGUCCAAAGAAGUCAGUAGAAGUACAGAAAGAAGGAUCUGGG